AUUGCCUCUCUUUCAAGAUGGAUUUCCUUCAUAGGAAUGGAGUGCUCGUUAUUCAGCAUUUGCAGAAGGACUACCGAGCUUACUACAAUUUUCUAAAUUUUAUGUCCAAUGUUGGUGAUCCCCGGAAUAUCUUUUCUAUUUAUUUUCCACUUUGGUUUCAACUUAAUCAGACAGUUGGAACCAAGAUGAUAUGGGUAGCAGUCAUUGGGGAUUGGUUCAAUCUUAUUUUUAAAUGGAUAUUGUUCGGUCAUCGGCCUUACUGGUGGGUCCAAGAAACUCAGAUUUACCCAAAUCAUUCAAGUUCAUGCCUCGAACAGUUCCCCACUACAUGUGAAACAGGUCCAGGAAGUCCAUCUGGCCAUGCAAUGGGCUCAUCAUGUGUCUGGUAUGUCAUGGUAACAGCUGCCCUGAGCCACACUGUCAGUCGGAUGGAUAAGUCGUCUACCACUCUGCACAGACUGACCUGGUCAUUUCUUUGGAGUCUUUUUUGGUUGAUUCAAAUCAGUGUCUGCAUCUCCAGAGUAUUCAUAGCAACACAUUUUCCUCAUCAAGCUAUUCUUGGAGUACUUGGUGGCAUGCUUGUGGCAGAGGCUUUUGAGCACACUCCAGGCAUCCAAACAGCCAGUCUGAGCACAUACCUGAAGACCAACCUCUUCCUCUUUCUGUUUGCACUGGGCUUUUACCUGCUUCUCAGACUGCUUGACAUUGACCUGCUGUGGUCUGUGCCCAUAGCCAAGAAGUGGUGUGCCAACCCGGACUGGAUCCACAUUGACACCACACCUUUUGCUGGACUCAUGAGAAACCUUGGGGUGCUCUUUGGCUUGGGCUUUGCAAUCAACUCAGAGAUGUUCCUUAGGAGCUGCCGAGGGGAAAAUGGCUACAAGCUGAGCUUUCGGCUGCUUUGUGCUGUGGUCUCGUUGAUCACACUGCAGCUCUACCAUUUCAUCAAGAUCCCCACUCAUGCAGAGCAUUUAUUUUAUGUGCUGUCUUUCUGUAAAAGUGCAUCCAUCCCACUGACUGUGGUUGCUCUGAUUCCCUACUGUAUUCAUAUGUUAAUGAAACCAAGUGAAAAGAAGAUUAAUUAGAGUUGUACAGGGAGUUAGUGCUCUGUGGCCCCAGCCUGACACUCCUGUUCCAUCCUCCAGCAGAACCACGGGCAGGGGGAGACUGGAGGCUUCCAAGCAGAGGUCACAAAAUGGCAGCCACUGGCCCCAUCCCACUAUACCUAUGUUUAGUUUGGCCUUCACAGUGGUCUCUCCCCACCCCAAUUUAAAUUAGUUGCCAACAUUUGAAAACCAGAAUAUUUGGCAUGAAAGUCUGAACUGUGUUUUCUUGAAAAAUCUGACAAUAUGGCACCUCAGGACCUGCAUUCCCUCCUGGAAACAAUCUACUGUUAUUGACUGUCCCUAGUAAGAAGCAGCAUUCUCUAUUUUCUCACAGUCUUUAGCACCCCAACAGGAGCCUCAGUAUCAGUUGUCAUUACUAUAAGAAGGUCAGGGUGCUUAUGGCUCCUGUGGGCAUUUUAGUGGGAGCCCCCCUCAAAUCCAAUCCCUUCAGUUUUCAGAUAAGGAGAGGGAAAUUCAUUCAGGAGAAAAAACUUGCUGUUGUCACACCACUGUCAGAACAGGAAUUAGAACCCAAGUCUUCUGACAUAUACUUCCAUUACACUGUUUUGUUUCUUCAUUUUUAAGAAGUAAAAAUCUGUAAGAGUGAAUGCUUCUGUGAUGAUUGCCAUGUAAAUCAGCUGUUUUUCCAGAAAUGUCAUUAAAAUGCCACAACCUGUUUGACUCACACCAUGCAGGGUGUUGAUGGGGCCAGCGAUGGCUCUAGAUGUGGCUACAUAUCCAGGGGAAAGGGGUCAGGUUACUGUGUAGACUUGAACCUCUGCUUAACUCCUGGUCUCUUUUUGCAGUAGUGCUUUCCAGUGUCAAUAAAUGCUGCUGAAGAUGCUCU